AUGGAGAAGGCGGCAGCGGUGAGCGAGGGCGGCGGCGGCAGCAACAGCAGCAGCCGCAGCAGCAGCCGCCCCACGUCGGCGGGCUCGUCUCCCUCGUCCUCCUCCGCCAGCCGCGGGCUGCCGGGCCGGGCGGCGGCCUCGGGGAGGCUGGAUGGAGGCGGGGGGGCCGGUGGCGGCAGCAGCAGCCCCAGUUCGGCGGCGGCCAGCCCGGGGGGCGCGCAGGCGCCCGGUAGCGGCGGCAGGAGGCGGGAGCCGGUGCUGGAAGGGACGCUCAGCAAAUACACCAACCUCCUGCAGGGCUGGCAGAGCAGGUACUUUGUGCUGGACUUUGAGACGGGGAUUCUGCAGUAUUUUGUGAAUGAACAAAGUAAAAACCAGAAGCCACGAGGAACCUUGUCUUUAGCUGGAGCUAUAAUAUCGCCCAGUGAUGAAGUGCCACACAUGUUGGUGGUCUACUCUGCCAAUGGAGAGAUGUAUAAAUUGAGAGCUGCUGAUGCAAAGGAGAAACAAUACUGGAUAAAUCAGCUUCGAUCCUGUGCCAAACAUCACAAGGAAGGUAAUUCUAAGAGCACUUCCUCCUCUCGAAGUAGAAGCUCAUCUCUGCUGCCACCUGGGACAGCUAAUUCUGCAUCUCCUGCUAGCCAGAAACAUACAAAUCAAAGUGGGUCAGCUGUUGUAACCAUCACACAUCACAAAUCGCCUGCAGCUGCUCGAAGAGCAAAGAGCCAGCGUUCUGGUCAACUCCAUGAAGUCAGAGAGAUCAUGAGCCAAGUUGAGGUACAACAGAAGAAUCUUGUACAAGCCAUUGAAGCUCUCCCAAGUUCUGGGCCCCUUUCUGCCUUGGAUCAGGACUUGCUGCUUUUAAAAGCUACCUCUGCUGCCACCCUGAGCUGCCUUGGAGAAUGCCUGACUCUGUUACAGCAAAGCAUGCACCAAGUGGGCCAGCAUCAUAACAGGACACUGUCAUCAGAAGGUAUCCUGGGAUGGCCUGGGCCCAAGUCUCACUCCACAGAGCAACUGAAAAAUGGUGCCCUCAGCUCCUUAUCAUCUGCUAGUGCCAACAUAACGUGGGCAGUAGUACCAUCUGCAGCCCAGGAUGGACAGGCACUACAACCAAAUACAGAGCUUUCAGCCUCUGAGUUGAUCCUAGUUGAAGAUGAAAUGACAGAUACUGAAGAUAAUGAAGAAGAGGAUUUAGGAGUCAUGGAUGAUCAACGUAGCGUAAUUCUCCAUCUCAUCUCUCAGCUCAAACUUGGCAUGGACCUUACCAGGGUAGUGCUUCCAACAUUUAUUUUGGAGAAAAGAUCCCUGCUGGAGAUGUAUGCAAAUUUCAUGGCCCAUCCAGACCUGUUUUUGUCAAUUGCAGCUGGAGCCACUCCUGAGGAAAGAAUUAUCUGCUUUGUGGAGUAUUAUCUAACAGCUUUUCACGAAGGCCGAAAGGGAGCAGUUGCCAAGAAGCCCUAUAACCCUAUAAUUGGUGAAACGUUUCAUUGCUCGUGGGAUGUGCCUAAAGAUCAAGUGAAAGGGUUCAGAACUAACGGGGCCUCUGCGGUUUCCAAGGACCCAACCAAGGAGUUUAGCCCGGACCAGUCCACGUGCUACAAGCUGAGGUUUGUAGCUGAACAAGUUUCCCAUCACCCGCCGGUGUCUUGCUUUUACUGUGAGUGCAAAGAGAAGAAAAUGUGUGUGAACGCUCACGUGUGGACCAAAAGCAAGUUUAUGGGCAUGUCAAUAGGUGUUUCUAUGGUAGGUGAAGGUGUCCUAUACCUGAUGGAACAUGAAGAAGAGUAUGUUUUCACCCUGCCCAGUGCCUAUGCUCGCUCAAUUCUUACCAUCCCAUGGGUGGAGCUUGGAGGGAAAGUCAGUAUCAAUUGUGCCAGAACUGGCUAUUCUGCUACAGUCACGUUCCACACCAAGCCAUUCUAUGGAGGGAAGGUCCACAGGGUUACAGCUGAAGUGAAACACAAUCCCACUAACACCAUUGUCUGCAAGGCCCAGGGAGAGUGGAAUGGUACCCUGGAAUUUACUUACAGCAACGGAGAAACCAAAGUGAUUGACACCAACAAACUGCCUGUCAUCAGGAAGAAAAUCAGGCCGAUAGAAAAGCAAGGCCCCCUGGAAUCAAGGCGCCUGUGGCAACAUGUCACCAGUUCUCUGAAAGAAGGAAACAUUGAUGCAGCGACAGAGCACAAGCACGGCCUUGAGGAGAGGCAGCGGGCGGAGGAGAGGCAGCGUGCGGCUCUGGCAGCCUCCUGGAAACCAAAAUACUUUGCCAAAGAGGGUGAUGGUUGGCUAUACUUGAAUCCUCUUUGGAAAACCCACUGACGGGAUAGAGCAGUUGCCUCACGACUUUACCUUAAAGGCAUUAAAGUGAUACAGUCUGUAACUU